AGAGUUUGUGGUUAUUUUGAUCUCCAGAGCUAGCUAGGCCAGAGGCAGAUGGGCAGAUACUUAGUAUUUUAAAAUAGUAAUAUCUAAUCGAAUCUUCAAGGAACGUUUCAAACCGACAGAAUGAGCAAGCACAGCCUUCUCCGUAUGAGCACCAGCAGACUAAGACCAUGGAUAGAAGGUUCUAAUCUCUAUCCGAGUGUACACCACACCACCAUUCGACCUGUGGCCUACACCCACUUGUCAUCGUACCCAACCAAUCUCCCCCUAAACUGGUCAUGUGAGAGUCACAUGAUGGACCAGAGUCGUCAUAUGAGCACUGACACUGGACAAGGGGACAGCCAGGGAGGAAAGAACAACAGACCAGUGUGUCCGCGAUGUGGAGAACCCUUUAAAGCCACCACCUCUACACUCACUCUGACACGGUUCCUGGAGUGUACUAACUGUCAGCACUUUUACCUUUUCAUGGCUGACAGUGAGGAAGAAAACAAUCACCAUGACAACCAGACAGAGCUGGAGCAGCUCCCCUCUCCAAAGGAGAUGUACGAGCACUUGGACAGCUAUGUGGUGGGUCAGACUCGAGCCAAGAAGGUGCUCUCUGUGGCCAUGUACAACCAUUACAAGAGGAUCCAGGCCAUGACCCCUAUCAAUCAAGGGGACAACGGAGGGACAGUGGAGCACCUCCAAUCCACACCUCCUGUCGGAACUAGUGCCUAUGCAAAGGGUCUCCUAGCUCAGGGUGUUGAUAUGUUACCUCAAGGGUACACGCCCACUUCCUACGGCACUAUGAUCGGGGAAAACAAGGAGGAAGAGUCUGUGUCCAUGGAGACCACCACAGACAGUGGGGUGCGACUGGACAAGAGCAACAUUAUACUACUCGGACCGACUGGGUGUGGUAAGACCCUGCUAGCCCAGUGCCUGGCCAAGUACCUGGAUGUUCCCAUGGUGAUCUGUGACUGCACCACCCUCACUCAAGCAGGCUAUGUGGGAGAUGACAUCGAGUCUGUCAUCAUAAAGCUGCUGCAUGAGGCUAAUUUCGAUGUCAGCAAAGCACAGAGAGGGAUCAUCUUCCUUGACGAGGUGGACAAGAUCAGUUGUGUGGCCGGGUUCCAUCAUCUUAGGGACGUGGGAGGAGAGGGGGUGCAACAGGGCCUCCUCAAGAUCCUAGAGGGAACUACCGUUCACGUCCCAGAGAAGAGCUCCACUCGCAAGUCCAAGGGGGAAACAAUCACCGUGGACACCACCAACAUCCUGUUUGUAGCCUCAGGUGCUUUUAAUGGACUGGAUAAAAUUGUGGCCAGAAGAAACAAUGAAAAGGUGAUAGGGUUUGGUGCACCGGCAGACUCCACUCCCCCCACACCUUCACACCCCCACACUCCCUCACUGCCCACCCCGAGCACUAGCACCAGUGAAGACACACAUCGUGAUAAGCUCCUCUCGGCAGUCGAGUCUCGGGACCUCAUGAGUUACGGAAUGAUCCCAGAAUUUGUGGGCCGGUUCCCUAUAUUAGUCAGUCUGGAGAGUUUAGACAAGGACUCGCUAGUGAGGAUUCUAACUGAGCCCACCAACGCCCUGGUACCACAAUACACCAAGCUAUUUGAGAUGGACAAGGUUGAGUUGGAGUUCUCAGAGGAGGCUCUGGAUGUCAUUGCAGAGCAAGCACAGGAGAAGAAGACUGGAGCCAGGGGACUUAAAGCCAUCUUGGAGACAAUUCUGCUGGACCCAAUGUUUGAGGUACCACGCUCUGACAUCACAUCAGUGCACAUCAAUAAGGAUACGGCCCUGGGAAAUGCCCUGCCCACGUACAAGCGUGUCACUGUAGCCCUUGACAACAUCAGAAAGAGUGAGGAUACAAAAGAGGAAUCCUCUGAAGAACCAUCGGCUGCAAAGCUGUGAGAUAGACUUUAUAGCCGUAAUCAGGUUAUGCUAUCAACAUUUAUUUAUUAUUUUUAGUCUUACGUAUUCUGUAUUAUUAUUAAAUAAUGAGUUUCUUUUAUAUUCAUUUACACUAUAGUAUAGGAUAUGUACAUGUUAAAAAUCACAUAUUCAUAAAAUA